UAUCCCAUUGAGAUUGGAGGCAAAUUAUCAUGAUUUUGAGAAUUGAGCCAAUGGAAUUCUGGAAAUGACUUAAAAGUAGCAUAAUGUCUGUUACCACUGUUGAGAUUGAUAGGUUUGAGGGGCCAUGACUUUGAUCCACUUUCUCCACACUAUAAAAUGAGUUCCACCAUGUAAAUUCUCACAACUUUAACUUCACAAUUUUUUUUCUUUUCUUUUCUUUUCCCACUCUGCUUUCCUCACCCAUAACAUGAAUGGGUACAGAGAAGAAAACUCCUUCUGCUAUUUCCACCCCAACCAGGUGCUUGUAGGGGUCUGCCCCUUGUGCUUGAAUGAGAGGCUCCUAAUCUUGGCCGCAAAACCCGACCGCCUUUCCGCAGCCAGAAGCAGCGCCCGGAGAGCCCAAAGCUCCACGCACAAGAAGCCGCACAUCACUCUCCCAAAGAUCUUUGCUCUCGGUUCUUUUCUCAGCCGUCUUGAGUUCCGGCAUUGGAAAUCCGACAACUACGCCGCCGACGACCACGAUGCCUCCACCAGUCAAGAAGGUUUGGAAGAUUCGUUCAUAUCAAUAAAGUUUGAAGACAACGGGGUAGCGUCGUGGGAGAAGAACACAGUAGGGUGUAAGGUUAAGGCAAGUAGUGUAGAGAAGAAUCAGAGGUUGAGCGGCGGCAAGGACUGCAAGGAGACGAAGACGGUAAUAGAGCAUGGGAAACCGCGUCCCUCGCUUAGGUGGCGGAAGCGGAUUGGGCACCUGUUCCAGCUCAUCAGAUGGAAGAGGUCCAACAAGGGCAAUGCUUGCCACGUGGGCAGCAAGGUGGAGGGAGUCAAGGUGAGGAAGGGGUGGAUGAGGACUCUGACAAAGAGGAAGACCGUGGAAUAAAAAGUAGUUGUAUAGAAAGUGACACACGUCUUUUCCCACUAUCAUAUCAAUUUGGUGAGAUGUAAAGCUUUUAUAUUAUAGAGAUUGGUAAAGUCAAUAUAACUUUAUUACUCUCAAAAAUGUGCUUUUUUUUUGCUUUGAAA